AGGAGGAGGAGGAGGAGGAGCGGGGCUGAGGGGCUCGGCGGCAGCGGGGCUUCCUCCUCCCUCUCUCAACUUUCCCCGUCGGCGCUCCCCGCCCCGCUCGGCUCGGCGGCAUCACAUGGUGCUGAGGGAGGGAGAGAGGGAGGGGGGGAGCCGCCCCCCAGCCCUCGCCUCUCGUACGGCUGCCGCCAGCCUCGGCGCUCAACUCCGGCGGGGCUGGAGCGGGCAGGCGGGCAGGGAGGCUCCCGGGGCUCCUGAGCGCGGCGCAAGGCGGCGGGGAAGCGGCAGCAGCGCUCCCGGGGCGCCUCCCUCCCGCUGAUGCCCCUUCGCGACCGCUGCACGCCAGCCCGGCGGCCGCGGCUCCGGGAGGAUGCGGCUCUUCCUCCUCGCCGCAACUUUCUGGGGAUUGUGCCUGGGUGCAGGUUUUGGUUUGCAAAUACAGUGCUACCAGUGUGAGGAGUUCCAGCUGAACAAUGACUGCUCUUCUCCAGAGUUUAUUGUGAAUUGUACAGUGAACGUUCAAGAUAUGUGUCAGAAAGAAGUCAUGGAGAAAAGUUUUGGAAUCAUGUAUCGCAAAUCCUGCGCAUCUUCAGCAGCCUGUCUGAUAGCCUCUGCCGGAUAUCAGUCUUUUUGCUCUCCUGGGAAAGUGAACUCUGUUUGUAUCAGCUGCUGCAACACUCCGCUCUGCAAUGGACCCCGGCCGAAGAAGAGAGGGAAUUCUGGUGUGGUGCCGAGGGCACAUGUGAUAACCACUGCUCUGCUCCUUAAAUUGUCUCUCUUGUUUUUGUAUUGCUAAACUUCGAGCAAGUUUUUUGCUCUGCACAGUUUGUUCUGUCUCCUUUCUUCAAAGACACUGCAAUUAUUUUCUAUUUGUUUCCAAAUCCCUAUCAGCAGCGAGGGAAGUUCAGUGGCUGUGGGGAGAAAGAGGCUGACAUUUUUGGCAGCUAAUGAAUUCAGUUAGCAGAUUGAAUUUCCAGUGUGCACUUAAAAAUCUAAACAGCAGGAUCCAGAACUCCUGCUCUUUUUGCAUAACUGGAAACAAAUCCAUCUGUGUUAUUGCAUUUAAGAUGUAGUCAGUUCCUCAGCCACUUUAAUUCACGUUUUUAAGUUCAUCGCUGAUCGUUAACUUUGCCUUAUAUAUGAAGUCAUACUUCAUUUUCACAAAGGCUGGUUUGUGUGUCUGGAGUGGGCUCUGAGCUCGUCUUCAGUGGCACUACUUCCAAGCUGGGCUCCAGUGAUGCAAGACCUGGUUUCUGUGGACUGCAGUUGGUCUCAGUCUGAAAAGUACUUAAAAAAACUUUCUUGCUGCUCUUGGUGGAAGAAUUGCGCACAGAGGAAAAGAAGAGCGGGCGCAGGGACCGUCUGCUCCUGGCUGUCGAGUUCAGGUUGGCUCUGAGGAACUUCUCUUUGUUGGCGUGCUGUAUGGUCAGGUGGCAGCGGAGGACCUGCAGAAACACGCUGCGGAACUGCUGAGAGGAGAUGUUGUACAGCAGGGGGUUCACCACGGAGCUGAGGAAGAAGAAGCUGUCAGCUAUGGGAAGAAGAGUGAUGUAUGCUCUGAAGUAGGGGACAGUCCAGUCCUGCUUUGGUUUUGCAGCAGCCAUGAUCCUUCUAACCUGGUUUGGCAUCCAGCAUAUUGCCAGAGUUGCAACAAUCAGCCCUGUGAACAAACAGAGAAGCACAGAGUCACAGAAUAUCCCGAGCUGGAAGAGAUCCACGAGGAUCAGCAAGUCCAACGCCUGGGUCCCCAAAGGACCACCCAAAAAUCACGUGUCUGAGAGCCUUGUCUCGGAGGGAGAAGUGUGCGUAUGUAGGGGGAAAAAAACAAAGGACCUAGUAUCAGUUCUGCACUUACUGGUUAGGAAACACUACCAGUUUUUCAGUGUUUUGCUUAACAGCUUUUUCUGCCAGUAGCUUUUUUUGUUUGUUUGUUUUAAUUACUGUUACGAGGUCAUUGCAGCAUAUGCUACGGACAAAAGAUCGCACAGUGCUUGGAUAGUGUUUCUUUGUACCUGUUGCCAUUUAUUAGUUUUCAAGGUGUUCUUUCAUCAAUGCCUAUAUCUUUGGAAAGAAUGGGUCUUUGUUUUGGUCUGUGUUCUUACACUUUUUAUGUUUUUCCCUUUAUUUUGAGAAACAAAUGAACAAAAUAAAUAGAACCUAUAGCCAUAUAAGAUCAGGCAAUACCCAAAAGAGAUCAGAUUCUUGUUUGUACUUUACAAAAAAAGAAGAAACUGUAUGCAUAGUAAUAUAUUUGGUGUUAUUUUUGGUAAAUUUCCUCUUACAGAAGAUAUUUUUAAGUAAAAUAUGUAUGGAUCUUUUUAUGGUAAUUAAGAUUUGUUGGGCUUUCUUAAAAUCAAAUUCCAGUGGAAUUAAAUUAUGAAUGUAAAUGAGAAAAACCCAAGCCUAAUCAUGAAAGUGUAAACAGUUUCGGAUUAUAAAUUAUGCUUUAAAAUGUGGUAUCCGACCAUUUUGUAUUUAUAUGUAGAUAUAAAUACACAUUGCUGCAUCACUGAUGGCAUUAAAAAGGGGGUGGCUUAAGUGCUGGAUGUCUGAAAACACUGCUUCUGCUCAGCGGAGCUGCAGCAGCAAUGCCAUCCUCAGAAGUGCAGCCCUGGAGAAACGUGUUGGUGACGGGAGAGCUCAGCGCCCACCAGGAGAUGGAGCAGGGGAUGGGCACCCAGGACGGGCACCCCAGUCCUCCCUGGCACCCACUUCCAGCACACAGAUGUGCUGGCAUCUUACAUGAACCAUGAGGUACAGGAGAUAAUUCCUCUACAGUGCUCCCCUUCAAAGCUCUACUUCUGAAACAAAAUAGAGCCACAGGUUUACUGCUCCCGCUUUGUUUUUCUCUUUGCAGGAAGCGUGCCUUAUGCGAGUGCUUCAGAGGGAGUGCAAGUUGCAGGCUGCCUUCCCUGCUGCAAAUGCACAAAGUAGCAGAGAGUAUCUUGCUGGUGCGUGGUUUGCCUUUCCAGAGACACUUGUGGUUUUUAUUUCCUGGAGUGCUGUGCCUCCUUUCCCAGCAGAAGCACAGAAAGGUUUUCUUACCUGUCUAGAAUGGCAGAUGCCCCCACUAAACAGAUCACUGUAGGAAUGCAGUUCUGAAACAGUACAUUCCCACUGUUUUCAAGCCAGAAAAAUGGUAUUUUACUAGUGAGCAGACAUGAAUGUAAGGGGAAGGGUGGAAGAAAAUCAAGCUUUUUUCUUUGAAACUGCCAGAACUUAGACAGGGUAUUUCCCCAUUCCCUCCACCACCAUCUCCAUCAAAGGAAAGGCAAGAAACGUCAGGUUUUCUUAAAGAAGUUGAUUUUCUUAAUGAAAGCCAUAAUUAUGAUCUCACUGAAUGACAGAUACCAAAUAAAAGUCGUCUUUUUGCUCA